UAAACCUCUACAAUACAUUUGGCUAACAAUUAGUUCAUAUUGAAAUCGAUAAAGAAUAUGGAGGAAAAUUACUUGAAUUUUGUGUUGGUGCCACUAGGACUGCUCGUGAUGGUUGGGUACCACGUUUGGCUCUUUUAUCAAAUUCGUCGCAAUCCUGUCGGAACCGUUAUAGGCAUGAAUGCAAUCAAUCGUCGAUUUUGGGCAAUAUCUAUGAUGGAGGACACGCAAAAGACUGGAGUUCUAGCGGUACAAACAUUGAGAAACAACAUCAUGGCAUCCACCCUUUUAGCUUCUACAGCGAUCAUGCUCAGUUCCCUAAUCGCCGUCCUCAUGACCGGAGGAGUUACCGGACGUGGCUCUGCCGGUAGCAACGACCACCAAUGGACCGGUAUAACCUAUAAUCAAGGCACCAAGCUCAUGUCGACAAUCAAGUACUUCAGCAUAUUGGUCUGCUUCUUGGUAUCUUUCUUGAUGAACGUUCAAUCGAUCAGGUACUACAGCCAUGCCAGCAUGUUAAUUAAUGUUCCUUACAAGAACAUCACCAACUUCACCAGCCACCGUCUCACUGCGGACUACGUCGGAUCCACCGUGAACCGGGGUGGUUAUUUCUGGUCUCUUGGUCUUCGUGCUUUCUACUUCUCCUUCCCACUGUUCCUUUGGUUGUUCGGUGCUAUACCCAUGUUCAUUUGCUGCGUUUUUAUGGUGUUUAUGUUGUACUUUCUGGAUGUUGCGUUCGACGUUGGGUGGGUAGCUGAUGUGGCCUCUAUAGAUGAAGAAACUGGUUAGGAGUAAACUAAUGUUUUGGGAUUCAAUCCAAGUUGAAUCUCGCAUUGUUGAAGCUUAUGUUUUAGGGAUCUCUUUCGAACCAUGAAUAAAUAUGUUUUGGGAUUCAAUCCAAGUUGAAUCUCGCAUUGCUGAAGAAACUAGUUAGGA